AGGGGAGGUAACGCAGCACCAGAAGAAGAAAUAGUCGUAGAAGAAGAGGGAUACGGAAGAGCAGCAGUUGUUAAAGGGAAUUAGAGUCAGACGGGCUUUAUGCCACUAAAUCCGUGUACCAGAAGACAGUUUGCUUGUGGGAAAAUGUCAAAAAACUCCAAAAAGAGAAAGCACAUGGAGUCUUCAUCCUCCAGUGAAGAAAAUGAAAAGUCAUCCAAGGAACAAGAUGUUCCUGAGAAUAAAAAAAGGGGCAAGAGAAGGCAAGACAUAAACAGUCCGAGGAGCUGUGCAGAAAAAACAGAAAAGUGUAAGAAGCCUUCAAGGGAAGAAUAUGAAAAGUCAUCCAAGGAACAAGAUGUUACUGAGAAUUACAAAAGUGGCAAGAGGAAGCAAGAUGUAAAGAAGAGCUGUUCAGCAAAACCAGAAAAGUGUGCUUUCUCUACCGUUAAAGAUCCUUCCCAAAGCACCCGCCACAUCAAAAAUACUGUCUACAGACUAUCAAGAACACAAGCAACAGACCUGAAACCUGUUUAUAAGCAAGAAGAAUGUACAAAAACAAAAUUUGAAAGUUCAGAUAAACAUAUUACUGUCAGGUGUAAGACUGUGAAAAAGGAAACUUCUAAACCCUCAAACAAUGCAGGUACAGUUCCUCAGAGGACAGAGAAGACAUUUAAAGGCAGCACAAAGAAAACAACUUCCCAUAGGAGCACAUCCAAAUUUAAAAAACAGCGUAUGAGUCCGAGUUUGGUUUCUGCUGAACAGAAUGAACAGAGACAGAAUGUACUGACGAGGAAGUGCAGAGCUGAAAAUGAACGAUGGACUUCCAAGAACAGAGAACCAAACAAGUCCUCCUCUGUCUCUCAAGAUUCUUCAUGGAAGAAGAAACGAGAUCUGUUCAGCAAGAUGUGCAAAAGGCAUCGAGAAAAUGAGGCCGAACGGAGCCUGUGUACAGAGGCAAAAACUCCCUCUGUCUCUACUACAGAGCAUUCCUCCACUUCAUCCAAGCAGACUACCUCAGUUAGUAGCUCAAAUGUGGUGAAGAAUGUCAGAACAAUCCCAGGAAAUGUCCCAUUGAUGUCAUAUAUGACAGUCAAGUCAUCAUCUGUUCAGGAACAAAUAUGCCGCGGUGAAUCACAUAUGCCUCUUCAGUUUCCACCAAGUCCAGUAGAUAGCACCAGUGACAAUAAUAAUGCUAGUUCUUCAAACGGAAAUCUCAAACAUGGGACUGAGCCUUCAGACUCGAGGCCCUCAAGAAGCAACGCCAUGCAGCGACGUGUCCAACAAGCUCCCUGCUGUUUGGAUGCUACACCUAGUUCUUCAUCUGAAGGGCAAGAUAAGAGGUCAUUUUCGUCAAGCCAACUCCUAGUUCUGUCUCAUACAGUCACUGAGCUGUGGCAUGACCAGAUGCAAGUGGUUGAAGAGCUUCAUCUUGCUCGCUCUGAGAAGCGAUUGGAGGUGAACAUUCUGCAAAUCUAUGGGGAACUCACCUGUAUGGACAUAGACCCUCCAAAGGAGGGAGCUGCAGACGCACAAUGUAAACAAGCUCCUCGGCAAGCGCUAAUCCUUGUUUUGGACACCAACAUUCUCAUCAGUCACUUGGAUUAUGUGAAAAAUAUCAAAUCUCAUGGCCUUGGAGCCGUGGGCUUCCCUAUAGUCCUGAUCCCCUGGGUGGUGCUUCAGGAGCUGGAUUCCCUAAAGAGGGGGAGAGGCAUGUCAGGUUCUGUGGGGCACCUGGCAGCUCCUGCCAUAUCGUAUAUUCACAACUCUUUGAAGAAGCCGGGAACUGACCUGUGGGGGCAGUCUAUGCAGCAGGCUGUUGAGAGCAGCAAUGGUCAGAAUGCUGAGAAUAAUGAUGACAGGGUGCUGCUGUGCUGCCUGCAAUACCAGAGUCUGUACCCAGAGUGUGCUCUCAUUCUAUGCACUAAUGAUAAGAACCUAUGCAGUAAGGCCCUCCUGAGUGGAGUGAAUGCCCUCAGCAAGAAUGAUUUGGAAGAAGAGAUUAGAAAGUCCAGACAUGACUUUCAUCCUCCACAAAACACGAGGAGUCUCGUGCUGCCCCACGUCAGCCCUCACCUGUCAUCACCAAUGCAGAGCAGGUGUUUUACACCAGCCCAGCCACACAGUCAAGAGAGAACCGGCCUUUCUGGAGAGGGGAAAGACAACAAGCUACUGAGCACAAGAGAGGAUGAAGAAAAGACAAAAGUGAACCCCAGCCGUUCUGAACUAUCGGACUGUCUGCGAGACGUGCUGUCCGAUGUGUUAGAGGUGGAGAUGAAGACCGUCUACGAAGAACUCUGGCUAGAGAUCGUUUACCUAAAACCACCCUGGACUCUUCAAGAUGUCUUGCAUUGUUUGAAAAAGCACUGGAUUGCUGUCUUUGGGCACGUUGUCCCACGGCGCCAGCUGCACACUGUUUUAUUCCUCAUCAAAUUCUUCAACUCAGGGUUUACAGCAAACUAUAGCACUACCUCAGCAGCCGUCCAACAAGCUAAGGAGCUUGUGAACGUUUUUAGGAAAAGUUCAAGACUCGUUCCCAGUGCCAUCUCCAUAAUGGACAACAUUUACAACAAGCUACAACUGCAGAGGGAAGCUCCUGCCUGUGAUGUUGUCAUGAAUGAUAAUGAUGAAGAGAAACAAUCCACGUCUGCUCAGGUCUCUCACCAGGAAGUGUGGGCCCUGUUUGAGAACAUGUGGUUGUAUCUGUAUCACAGAAGCUCGGAAGUGUUCAAAGCUCUGGGCUUUGACCAUCACACUAUGCAGAGACCUCAGCUGGUGGGAGGUCCUCCGCCACCACAGGACGCCUUGGUCUGUUUGCACAAACUGUCCGCCAUGGUCUCACAGCUGCUCCAAGCCUUCAGCAGUGUCUUGUCAUCAGCCCCUGGUUUAGAAGAAGGUCAGGCACUGCUCAGCAUCAUCCACUCUAAUAAGAUUGUUGAUAUGGAUUCCAGAUUGACAGCCAAAGACCUUCUUGAUUGUUUCUCACGACAAGACUACAGGGAGAAGCUGAUGAAUGGAGGGAACCAGUUAACAGGGCUUAAAGAGCUACUGGACCGUUGUAUUGGGACCGCCGGUCAACCCCUCACCUUUCCCACCUCACCGCCCUGAUUGGAUCAGAACCUGGGAGUCUGCAGCCAAACAAAUGCGCAGAAUAAACUGAUAUUUACUUGAAUUAUGGACUGUUAUUUUCUACUUCUACUACUUGUACUGUGCCGCUGGUGACUGGAACUGUUUACCUUUUUUUUUUAAUUAUUGUAUAAAAACACACAUUGUUGUUCUGCUUGCCUGAAUGAAUGGAUGUCUUUGGAUGUCCUCCAUCAUUGUGAGGGGCAAUUCAUUUGUCAAACUGCAUCAAUUACUGCUUUUCAAUGUCCUCCAAUCAUAUCCUGCCAAAUCACAGUUGAGCAGUGAUUUCUCAUGUUUCACCCUUCAUCAUAUUUCAGUUCAUUAAGUCUUUAAAAAAAAAUAUUGUUUUAUCUUGUAAAAAGUUAUUAGGUAAAUUAUUUGUGGCUUUUAUUAUUUAAAGAGUAUUUGAAACAUAGUGUGUUACAUAGUGUGCAAAUGUUGUGUACAUGUUGUGUAAUAUGUGUGAGAUUUACAUUUUUGGACCAUAUGAAUGUGUGAUGAUGCAACAAUGACUGAAGUUCUAGGUUUACCCCUCGGCCCACUGUUCCCAUUAUUUAUGAUUGUUCAACUUCAGCAUAAGCUUCGGUUCACUGGGCUCAAAGGAAUAAUAUUUAGGUUGCUUUCACACUGAGAGGUAGAGGAGAAGAAGGAUACCAGUCCAUUAAAUAUUACGGUGGAGCUAGAAGAUGAUUAGCUCUUUUGUUUUUAAACCAAAGUGUAAGCAUAACUUUGGUUUUACGGUGCCGGGCAAGUUAUUGUUCUAAGCUCACUGUCUCAUAUUUAGCUCACAGACAUUAAAGAAAAAGUAAAAGUAAAUAAGCGUAUUUUCUAAAACGUUGAACUAUUCUUUCGCAGCCCAAUGGGACAUUAUCCAAAAACAUGGAAGUUCCUGGUGAAUUUUCUGUUUAAUCAAAUACAAUAGUCACAAACAAUACUUUAGACGUUAUACUACUAACUGCAAGUGUAGCAAAAUUAUUUAAAAAAUCAAAAAAAUCCCAAGAAAGACCAUACUUGUAGCUUCUUCUUUUCAAACUCAUAACUUUUGAAAGCCAACAGAUUGUUUCGACUGUCCCAACAUUCCUAGUGAAGCAGAAGCUGAAACCAAAUGGUUAUGUUUGAGGUUGUCACUCAUAAUCAUAAAUGAUCAGGAACACGGCUUAACAGACUAUAAUGAAAACCAGGGAGUUUUCAGAUUUUGCUAGUUUUGAUGAUAUUGCAAUGUAAAUAAUUACAUAACACAAAAUAUAUUUUGAAUAAAUGAGUUAAAUGUUUAUAACAAAUUAAAUGUUUAUAACUA